AUGGCGGAUGUUGGGGAGGAAUCCAGCCACGUGGCUGAGCCGCUCGAUCUUGUGCGGCUGCUGCUCAACGAAGUGGUCUUUGUCAAGCUGCGCGGUGACCGAGAGCUCAAGGGCAAGCUCCAUGCCUACGAUAGCCACUGCAACCUGGUGCUGGGCGAUGUGGAGGAGACCAUCUACGCCGUCGACGAUGACGAGGAAGAGAGCGACGAGGUCAAGACAAUUAGCAGGAAAUCAGAAAUGUUGUUUGUGAGAGGCGAUAGCGUCGUUUUAAUCUCUCCCCAGGUUCCUUUCUAG